CAGAGAAGAUGGCGGCUUUCUUGCUUCCUCUCUGGAAAAUAUGCGAGAAAUAUAGGGAUCCGCUUCUUUUCAUAGCAUUUGUUGAUGUGGAAAAAAUAUGAAAAAUUAACUGACUUUGCGAUAAGGUUGACCUAUAGACGCUUUAUUCAAGAAACAAGCCGAAAUCCAGCUUACUCACAGUCGCCAUGUCUAACAAAAAAGGGGGUGAGUCAGUGAAGGUGGUGGUGAGAUGUCGUCCAAUGAACCAGAAGGAAAUAGCUCAAGGACAUCAAAGGAUAAUUGAGAUGAAUGUGAAGAAAGGAACAAUUGAGAUCAAUAAUCCCGCUAAAAAAGAGGAAGUGCCACGAAUGUUCACCUAUGACUCAGUUUAUGACUGGAAUUCAAAACAGAUUGAUCUCUAUGAUGAAACCUUCAGACAGUUAGUGGACUCUGUACUGGAAGGAUAUAAUGGCACAAUAUUUGCUUAUGGACAGACUGGGACAGGAAAAACAUUCACCAUGGAAGGUGUACGAUCAGACCCAAUCUUGCGAGGAGUGAUUCCAAAUUCCUUCGAGCACAUCUUUACUCACAUAGCUAGAACACAAAAUCAACAAUACUUGGUCAGGGCAUCAUACCUUGAAAUUUACCAGGAAGAUAUCAGAGAUUUAUUAUCAAAGGAUCAAUCAAGAAGACUGGAGCUUAAGGAGAGACCAGAUACUGGGGUGUAUGUCAAGGAUCUUCAGUCGUUUGUAUGUAAAAGUGUUAAAGAGAUUGAACAUGUGAUGAACGUGGGCAACCAAAAUAGAGCUGUGGGGGCAACCAACAUGAACGAACAUUCAUCCAGAUCCCACGCUAUCUUCAUCAUUACAAUUGAGUGCAGUGAGCCUGGUGCAGAUGGUGAAAAUCACAUCCGUGUUGGUAAACUGAAUAUGGUGGAUCUGGCUGGCAGUGAGAGGCAGACGAAGACUGGAGCUACGGGUGAAAGACUCAAAGAAGCUACUAAAAUCAACCUGUCUCUCUCGGCUCUUGGCAAUGUGAUAUCUGCAUUAGUGGAUGGAAAAAGUACUCAUGUGCCUUACAGAGAUUCCAAGUUAACAAGAUUGCUGCAAGAUUCGCUUGGGGGAAACGCACGUACAGUAAUGGUUGCCAACAUUGGUCCAGCAAGUUAUAAUUUUGAGGAAACGAUCACAACACUUAGAUAUGCAAACAGGGCCAAGAACAUUAAAAACAAACCGAAGAUUAAUGAAGAUCCCAAGGAUGCUCUGUUGAGAGAAUUUCAAGAGGAGAUCGGAAGAUUAAAGAGGGAACUGGAAAAACGAGGUGGCGGUGGAGCGGGAUCUAAGAAAGUCAAGAGAAGGAGACAAAAAGAAAAUGGUGAAACUGAAGAAAUAGAGGAAGAAGGCGAGGAAGGAAGCGAGCAGAGUGCGGAAGAUAAAAUCAAGUUGGAGCAGGCUAGGCUUGAAGAGGAUAAGAAAGCUCUCCAAGAAAAUCACAGCAUGAUGGCAGAGGAAAAGGAAAAGCUUAUGGGUGAAAUCCAGAAGAAAGCACAGCAGUUAAAAAAACAACAGGAGGCCCAGGCAGGUCUGAAAUCAAAAAUAAAGAUGAUGGAGAGUAAAUUGCUGGUCGGGGGUAAGAGCAUUGUCGACAAAACCACGGAACAAGAGCGAGCUCUGGAGGAACAAAGGAUACAGAUCGCUGAACAACAGCGCCGCGAAAGAGAAAUACAGCAAAAGCUAGAUGAAAAGGAAGAAGAUGCAGUAGAAAUAAAGGGAAAUUACACAUCUCUUCAACAGGAAGUGGACAGCAAAACAAAGAAACUGAAAAAGCUGUUUGGCAAGUUACAGACCAUCCGCUCUGAAAUCGCUGACCAGCAAGAAGCGCAUAUUCGGGAAAGACAGGAACUGGAACAGGCUCAGGAGGAUCUUACUAGGGAGCUGAAGCUGAAGUCCUUGAUAAUAGAGAACUUCAUUCCCCCUGACGAGCGAGUCAAACUUACUAAUAGAGCGGUUUAUGACGAUGAAAAGGAGGAGUGGCAGUUGAAACCUUCUUCUCAGAACGGCAGCCAGCAAGCCAUGGCUAAACGACCGGUUUCAGCCGUGGGCAACAGACGACCUAUUACUGAAUAUGCCAAAAUGGCGGCGGCCAUGGGUGGUCACAUGCGAUACAAGGCCGAGAACAUUAUCAUGAUCGAGCUGGACAUGCCCAACAGGACAACCAGGGAUUAUGAGGGGCCUGCUGUGGCACCUAAGGUUCAAGCUGCUUUGGAUGCGGCUCUACAGGAUGAGGAAGAUCUCACACUCGAUGCUGAUGUUCUUCUCAGUAAAACUAAGGUGAAGUCAAAGAGAAGAGACAAACCCGAUCAUAGCGAGCGACCUAAAACUGGGCGUAAAAGUAGAGGCCCGCUAUCUACCAGUCAGCAGCUGGGUUCAUCGGACUCUGCGGAAUACCCAACUGCUAGAGGCUUGGUUACUCAACAGAAGAGAGUGUUACCACAAUAACAGGAGUGGAUAUUAAAAAUUGUUGUCGUGGUGGCCCAACCUUAUCAAUCAUAUCUUUAUCAUCAACUCAUUUCCCACUGUUUUUAUUUCUAAAUGGAAUUAAGUUUCAAGUAAUUUAUGCCAUAUUUUUCUAGCGCUGUUGUUUUUGUCCUCGACGAGUUAUCUGACGACGGCGGGCAUCUGAUGCGGGUAUCCGAGGGGUGCCCACCCUUCUUCUGUAGGAGAUCCCUUCCCCAUCUCUGUCACUGAUCUAGCCGUUCAGACUAGUUCUGAAUUUCUUCAGGCUAUAUCUCAAACGAUGUCUGUACCAAUGGUUUAAAAUUAUCUGUGAACCCAGCUCUCGAGUAGGCCUUUAUCAUAAGUGUUGUAAGACGCGCGUUCCUUCACCUCGGGAAGAUAUGAAACGAGUCAGAGAGAGGUUUGUGGGGAGUCUGACACUAAUUUUAGUGCAAGACCCCUACUAAACCAGUCGCCGACUCCGGUUGCUCAAAGUAACAUAUGAGCAUCAUACUUUCCCGCGGGCAGAGAAACGCUCGUGCCUAAGCACUGACAACAAGGGCCUGGUUGCACGUUACUGUAAACCUUGCUGUUAGUUUGUUCGCAACCCCAGUAUUUUUUCGCAAACGCGUAAACACCACUUUAGAUUAGGAUCAUUUCAAUUCUUUGAAAGAAAAUGACUGCCUUCUUUUAAUGACAUGAAAUUUUGUCUCAGAGUGCUUAUUAUCAGCGAUCUUCAGGUCGCUGAAAGUGUUAAAUCAUCCCUGGUAUUCUUUUUAAAUAGAAUCCAGUCCUUAACACGGGCUGGUGAGGGUAAUUGGAUCGUUUUGAAGCUGUUUCAUCUGCGAUAUUAUUGUAAAUAACUUAGACGAGAUAUCAGUAGUUUACGUUUUGAAUUAUUUAUUUCGUAAGACUUAGUGCCUAAUAAACCAAUAUUCUCUUCCGAUUCGGGAAUGA